AUGCGAUAUCUCAGCAUUGCCGUAGCGGCCCUCGGGCUGCUGACGGUUGGUGAGGCCAAGAAGUGUAAGCCAAGGCCGACCAGCACCUUGGCCAGCAACACUCCUUCUUCCGCUGCCACCCCAACCAGCACACCCGGACCCGAUUCUCCAGACUAUUAUAUCGAGAACGCGGACUUCACACUCGGCCUGGCGUACUACACUCCCAGCGGAAAUGUUAGUUGGGUUGGUGAUGAUGGCUAUGAUACCAAGGAUGGUACUGCUCAACUGACGACGAAUGGAAAUGACGAUGACAACACUGAUGCCACGCCCGUUCAGAAGCGUGAUCUUGCCGGCACUUCCCUUUCUGCCACUGUCAGGAACCUCGUUGCCAGCUCGCCUUACACCAUCUCAUUCCACUACCUUGUUCUUACUGCCAAGCCUGACAAUAGCUGCCGCCUGAGGGCCUACUUUAAUGGAAACAACAUCGCGAACACUGAUCGAUUCCCCCUCACUCAGAAGCCUAGCGCCAGUUGGAGCCUGUUGAGCGGUACGGUGAUUCCUACCUCUACCACUGGUACUUUCACGAUCUCUCUCGCCUGCAACGCCCCUGGUUUCGCCGUCGCCUACAUUGAUAGCCUCCGCGUCGUCAAGGGCGCUGCCAUUGUGAGCUCUACCACCGCACAGGCUUCUUCUUCCAGUUCGAGUGUCGUUUCCAGCUUGAGCACCCCCGCCUCUUCCGGCACGGCUGCCAUCUCUUCCACGACCCCAGUGUCUUCGCCUGCGAGCAGCGGCCAGGCCAGCUCCACCACUCCCGCUUCUGCUUCGAACACUCCUUCAUCAAGCAGCACUGGUAGCAGCGCCGACUCAACCACGCCUGCUGCUUCUCCAAGCUCAGCUGCAGCCAGCAGCAGCACUCCUGAUGCCUCGAGCACCACCCCUGGCUCCUUGAGCUCGACUGCUUCCAGCGACAGCUCCCCUGUUUCUUCUGCCAACACUCCUUCAAGCACUCCCGCUGCUUCAAGCACUCCCGCUGCUUCAAGCACUGAUGCUUCAAGCACACCAGUCUCUUCAAACGCUGCUUCUUCCACCACGCCGGUCGAUUCAAGCACUGCCUCUAGCACCCCAGACGCUUCAAGCGCUGCUUCUUCGACUACACCGGUCGCUUCAAGCGCUGCCUCUAGCACUCCGGACGUUUCAAGCACUGCCUCAUCAGGUACUCCAUCAAGCAGCGCUGCCAGCACUCCUUCCUCAAGUGCUCUAGGUUCUUCAAGCACUCCGGUCUCUUCUAGUGCUACCCCUUCAAGCACCUCGGUGGCUUCCAGCACUACGCCUUCAAGCACUUCGGCUUCUUCUACCACUCCUUCCAGUGCUUCCUCCAGUACCGCAGCCUCUUCAAGCACUCCAGUCGCUUCCAGUGCUACCCCUUCAAGCACCUCCGUUGCUUCCAGCACUACACCCUCAAGCACUUCAGUGGCUUCUAGCACUACGCCGUCAAGCACUUCGGUCGCUUCCACCACGCCGUCAAGCACCUCGGUCGCUUCUAGUACUACGCCCUCAAGCACUUCGGUUGCCUCCAGCACGACGCCCUCAAGCACCUCUGUCGCUUCCAGUACUACACCCUCAAGCACUCCUUCCAGCGCUUCUUCAAGCGCUUCUUCAAGCUCUGCGUCUUCCACUACUCCUGUUUCGACACCUAGCUCCACGUCUACGCCCAGCGCUACUCCUACCAGCUCAGCCUUGCCCUCCGCUACUGUUGAUAGCACGGUUCUCAUUAUUGCCAAGGACGCCGCUACUGCUAAACUGGCCAGUGAUGGCCUCAACGCCUACGGAAUACCUUUCCAGAACUUCAUCGUUGCCCAAGCUGGCUCAACUCUCCCUGUGCUCAACUCCUCUCUUACAUCUGGCAACUAUGGAGGCAUCAUUGUUAUGAGCUCUGUUGCAUAUGACUAUGGCGGUACUACAGGCUGGCAAAGCGCUAUCACCACUGACCAAUGGACUGCUCUCAACAACUACCAGCUCAGCUUCAAUGUUCGUAUGGUCCGUAUCGAUGAGUACCCUGGUGCUUCCUUUGGCACCACCCCAGGUGCUGACGGAGGCUGCUGCUCGGGUUCCGUCACGCAAAACAUCUCCUUCUCCGACGUCAGCGACUUCCCCACUGCCCAGCUCAAGGCUAAUGUUAAGGUUGGAACCGACGGUCUUUACCACGUUCCUGCUACCAUUACCGAUAGUUCGACUACCAAGGCCGUCGCUGUGUUUACGCCGGACAGUGGCAGCACGGUCGGUGGUGUCGCCGCCGUAAUCAACAACUUCAACGGCCGCGAGCAGUUUGUCUGGUUCAUCAGCUGGGCUACCGACUGGUCCCCGACAUCCAACUGGCUCCAACACGCGCACAUUCAUUGGAUGACUCGUGGUGUCUUUGUCGGUAAGCGCAAGGUUCACUUGAACGACCAGAUCGAUGAUAUGCAACUGUCUACCGAGAUGUAUUAUCCUACGAAUAUUCCCGAGGUGAAGAUUGGAAUCACAGAUCUGGAGGCCCAUGUCGACUGGCAAACGAGCAUCAACUCUCGACUCCCUGCUGGUUCCGACUUCUGGCUUGAAAUCGGGCACAACGGUAAUGGCGAUAUCAUCAACUCGACCUUGACAGACGAUGAUAUGAACACCAACAAGUGUAAUCCCCCUGACGCUGUCUACUGGGACCAACUUUCAUCCCCUAACGAGUGGAGGAAGCCUCUCGGCACUGGUGAGGAUGUUUGGCCCACCGGUACCAAUUACGAGACAUACUCUUGGUCGCAUGCAUGCGCCAAGAUCGACCAGUUUGCUCUUUGGUUUUCUAAAGCAGCCAACUUGAACCACUUUGCCCACCUUUCGCACACGUUUAGUCACAUGAGCCUGAACAACGCCACAUAUCAUGAUGCCAAGCGGGAGAUUCAGUUCAACCAGGCCUGGAUGAAGCAAAUGGGAAUCGAUGCGGCCACUAGAUUCACUGCUAAUGGAAUUAUUCCCCCUGCUAUUACUGGACUGAACAAUGGAGACUCCAUCCAGGCUUUGAUGGACAACGGUAUCAAGCACGUUGUCGGUGAUAACACUCGGCCCGCAACCCGUAACCCUAACAGCGUCUACUGGCCUCUUAUCAGUACCUACGCUACGAAUGGUUAUGACGGGCUUAUCAUCAUCCCCCGAUUUUCCUCUCGAAUUUACUUCAACUGUCAUACACCUGAAUGCACGACUAACGAGUGGAUCGCGACGUCUGCCGGAAGUGGCGACUUCAACACCCUGCUGGCCCUCGAAAAGUCUUCUUCUACCCGCAACUUGCUAGCUCUUCAAUCUGAUCCUUACAUGUUCCACCAGGCUAACAUGUACACGACUGGCAAUGACAUUAGGACUAUUGGAGACCAGACUCGUCGUAUGUCCCUCGUCAUGGCCUGGACCGAGACCGUUGUCCAGGAGAUGAUUCGCAUCACCAACUGGCCGAUUACCAGUCAGACUCAGGACCAGAUGGCUACGUACUUCACCAACCGUAUGACCCUUGAUGCUUGCAGCCCCAAGAUGAGCUACGUCUGGAGCAGUGACGGAAAGACCCUCCAGAAGGUGGUUGUCACCGCCAACGGAAACACCUGCUCCACCCCUAUCCCGGUUACUAUCCCCAAGGGUAGUGUCACGGCAUCCGGAGGAAGCGUUACGUCUGACGUUGUUGGUGCCGAGCCUCCUAUCCAGUGGGUUACUCUCAGCGGCUCUCCAGUCACCCUGACUCUGAGCACUGCCGUCACGAGCUCAUAA